AUGGUCGUCAUGGGCAAGGAGGAGGAGAAGCAGCAGCAGGAGGUCCAAGAAGAAGCACGAGUCGUCGUCCAGCAGGAGACGACGGCGGAUGAGGAGGCCGAGGCGGCGCUGGUGCACAAGAUCUCCGGCCUGGCCGCCGCCAUCGCGAAGCUGCCGUCGCUGAGCCCGUCGCCGGAGGUGAACGCGCUCUUCACUGACCUCGUGACGGCCUGCAUCCCGCGCAGCACGGUGGACGUGGAGCACCUGGCCCCGGAGCUGCAGCGCAUGCGCGCCUGGAGCACGGCCUGCUGGCGCACCACGUCCCGGGCCCGCGUCGCCUUCGUCGGCUCCGGCCCGCUCCCGCUCAGCUCCCUCGUGCUCGCGGCGCGCCACCUCCCCGCCGCCGCCUUCGACAACUACGACAUCUGCGGGGAUGCCAACGACCGGGCGCGCCGCCUCGUGAGCGCCGACGCCGCGCUCGCCGCGCGCAUGGCGUUCCGCACCUCCGACGUGGCCGACGUCACCAGGGACCUGGCCGGAUACGACGUCGUCUUCCUGGCGGCGCUUGUGGGCAUGGCCGCCGAGGAGAAGGCCCGCGUGGUGGAGCACCUCGGGAAGCACAUGGCCCCCGGCGCCGCGUUGGUGGUGCGGAGCGCGCACGGCGCGCGCGGGUUCCUGUACCCCGUCGUGGACCCCGAGGAGAUCCGCCGGGGUGGCUUCGACGUGCUCGCCGUGCACCACCCGGAGGGGGAGGUGAUCAACUCCGUCAUCAUCGCGCGCAAGCCUGUCCCCGCCGUCGACGCGCACGCCGUCGCUGGGAUGGGGCACGCGCACGCGCACGGCGCCGUGCUCAGCCGGCCCUGCCUCUGCUGCGAGAUGGAGGCCCGAGCGCACCAGAAGAUGGAGGAGGUGGCCGUGGAGCAGCUGCCGUCCUAG